UUGGGGUAUUUAUCUCAAACCACAAUCGUAUUUUUGUUAGCGAGCAUCGUAGUAACAAGCACACAUAGCUGCAACAUGAUCACUAAGGUGGCGUUGGUCUUCUGCUUUGGGCUCUCGCUAGCCAUUGCCUCACCCAUUGACGCCUACGGCCAUGGCGGUUUGGAUUUGCACGCGCCCAUAUCAUUCGCUGCCGCCGCACCGGCCAUCACUUAUGCAGCACCGAAGAUCCUUGCCGCCGCACCAGCCGCUGUGAGUCAUCAAGUGAUACAUGCACCUGCGCCCACUAUCGCCAUCGCACCCGCGCCCACCAUUAUUAAGGCCGCACCAGCUGUGGCUGUCGCCAAGGUAAUCGAACCGGAGCCAUAUGAUCCAAAUCCACAAUAUAGUUUCUCAUAUGGUGUAACCGAUCAUCAUACCGGCGACUCGAAAUCGGCUGAAGAGUCACUUGUGAAUGGUGUUGUACAUGGCAGUUACUCGUUGGCCGAACCAGAUGGUUCUAUACGCAAGGUCACCUACACAGCGGACAAGAUUAACGGUUUCAAUGCGGUCGUGGAGAAACAAGGCGGACACGCACCCGUGGCGGUAGUGGCUAAACCUGCGCUCGCAGUAGCGGCAGUACCUGCGAUCGCUAAGGUCGCAUAUGCUGCGCCCGCCAUAGCCAAGGUCGCCUAUGCUGCACCAGCCCUUCAAUACGGACACCACUAAGGUGUCGGCGGAAGAAAUGUGUGUGUGACUUGGAAAACGAUAUUUUGUAUCAAAUAAUAUUUCGUGCUGAGAGACCGUGCUACUACUACUGAUCUAUGGACUUAUGAGAUACGCAUUGAAUAACGGAAAACUUAUAUAUAAAUAAAUAAAUAUAUACUACAUGUGCCGGAAAUCGCUGCAGCGGUUGCAAAGCGCUAUUUAUAUACAUAUAUAUAUACAUACUACAUAUGUACAUAUUAUAUAUUAAAUUAACAACGCAAUUGUUAACUUACGAACUUACUUAUAGUCUUAGCAGAGCGCUGCCUGUCUGCUGCCUGCAAACGGAAACAACAAAGUCAACAACAAACAAUGCCAACAACUACAACUGCAUAAUAACAUUCUUUCUUUAGCAACAAUUACAAUUAUAAUUAUAAUCAAUACAAUAACAACAAAUACACGCUCUCGCGAACGCGCAAGUCUCCCGCGAUCGCGAUCGCCAUCGCUCAUCGCAACUAGCGACAUCUUCACUGCGUGCCAUCACAGCGCGUGACUCAUCGACGCUCUCGACGAGAGUCGCGCCUCAUCAGUCUGCUUGCUGCACGAACACCGGCUGCCGCCGUCGACACAUAACUGUUUGUGUGCACCAGUAUUUCCGACCUAGAUAUGUAUGUGUAGCUACAUACAUACUUUUACAUGUGAAUGUCGGUUGCAUGCUUCACCUAAGAAACAUUCUCAUUCAACUCAACUGUUUGUGCAUCUAAUCAAUUUUCUCCUUAUUUUUUAUUAAUUUUUUUUUUUUUUAGCAAAUAUUGAAAAUAUUUUAAU